UCAUUGACGGCCUAACUUUUGGGGAUGGUUGUUGCUGUUAUUGUUUUUUUCUCCAGCUUUGCAAACUUGGGUAUACUUCAUGUGACAAAGAAAAAAGUAUUUGAAACACUGGAAGCACGAAUGAUAGAGGCAUGUACAAAGGGCUACAAUCCCGGACUUUUGGUGCAUCCUGAUCUUGCCUAUUUGCAAGCGGAAGGCGGAGGAGACCGGCAGCUCACAGAUCGGGAAAAGGAGAUCAUCCACCAGGCAGCUGUUCAGCAGACAAAGGAGAUGGACCUCAGCGUGGUGCGGCUCAUGUUUACAGCUUUUCUUCCAGAUAGCACCGGCAGCUUCACGAGGCGCCUGGAACCCGUGGUGUCAGACGCCAUCUAUGACAGCAAAGCCCCCAAUGCGUCCAACUUGAAAAUUGUAAGAAUGGACAGGACAGCUGGAUGCGUAACUGGAGGGGAAGAGAUUUAUCUUCUCUGUGACAAGGUUCAGAAAGAUGACAUCCAGAUUCGAUUUUAUGAAGAAGAGGAAAAUGGUGGGAUCUGGGAAGGAUUUGGAGAUUUUUCCCCCACAGAUGUUCAUAGACAAUUCGCCAUCGUCUUCAAAACUCCGAAGUAUAAAGAUGUCAACAUCACAAAACCAGCUUCCGUGUUUGUCCAACUUCGAAGGAAAUCUGAUUUGGAAACUAGCGAACCCAAACCUUUUCUCUACUACCCUGAAAUCAAAGAUAAAGAGGAAGUGCAGAGGAAACGGCAGAAGCUCAUGCCUAAUUUCUCAGAUAGUUUCGGCGGCGGGAGUGGGGCCGGAGCCGGUGGUGGAGGCAUGUUUGGCAGUGGCAGUGGAGGAGGGGCUGCUGGAAGUACGGGGCCAGGUAUGAACCAAGUCUACUCUUUCUAA